GGAUCGAGUUGGGGGGUACAAUCACGUUAUGCGGGACAGAUCCUCUCUCUCACUAACGAUCCUGUUUUUUUUAACACUCCGGAAUCCACAUCGCUACAAAUCCGUUGCGGGUUUCGCGGCCUCCCGGAUGAGCCCCGCGUCCAGGGCGAAUACGCAAGGGCCAGGAGUUACUUUCAUUUUUUUUUUGGUCGUUCGACAAACUUGGCUGAGGACGCACGGAGGGACGCACGGAGGGAACGAGCCGAACGACGCAGCUCCAGGGCCUCGGAGUCGAACUCGGCCAGGGGGUGGUGGUGGUGGUGUGUGUGGGGGGGGGGGGGAGGGUGAGGUUUCUUCACUCCUUCGAGCGCAUUUGCAGAGCGAGACGAAGGCGACGGCGGCAUCCAUCAUCUCCAUCGUCUUCCCCCCCUCCUCAUCCUCCAUCCCGCAUCGCUUGAUUAUUUAUUUACGUUCUCGCUCUACCCCUCACCACGCACGAAACAGCCACAGACACCUCCAAGCUUUGCAGAGGUAAACGGCGAAGAGAACGAGAGAGAUCGAGAGAGACGAGAGGGGUGAAAAGAAAGACUUGAGAGAAGAGAGGGGUGGGUGAGUGGAGAGACGAGAGAGACUGAGAGAACGAGAGAGGAGUGGAUGAGUGAGUGAGUGGAGAGGCGAGAGAGACUGAGAGAGAGAGCGAGCAGAGAGCGUUGGCUGUGUGUGUGUGGAGGGGGAGGAAGGUAACAGGCGAGAGAAGAGCCUGGAGAGAGUGAGGUGAUGCCAGAGGUAGGAGGAGCAGGAGGAAGAAGAAGAAAAAGAACAGACGGCAUGAUGGCGCGGAUGAGAAUGUGCGCUUUCCAACCCGUCAUGACCACCGCGUUCGCCGCAUUCGUCUGCUGCCUCUCUUCGCUGCCCGGCGAAUGCCGUGGGGGGGUCACCGAGGUGACCUCUAUGGUGGAUCGUGCGAGACUCCUGGCCGAGCACAUGAGAAAACUUUCCACGGAGGAGUUGGGGGUGGACACCUUGCAGAAGGUGUACAGCUCGUUCGCUUACACGGAGCGGAUGUCCAACGGAGAGACCGAGGUGCAGCAGCUCGCCAAACGUCUGCGUGAGAAGUUCUCGCGCUACAUGGACGUGGUGAGCCGCAACAAGCAGGUGGUGGAGGCGGCCUACACUGCUCACCUGAGCUCACCGCUCACCACGUCGCAAGACUGCUGCAACCUCCCGGCCUCCAUGCUCACGUACGACGGUAACUUCAACAGCAACGUGUCCAAGGCGAUGAGCUGCGACCGCCUCUCCAGCACCGUGAACAGCCGCGUGUUCAACCCCGGCCGGGACUUCAACCCAGUGCUGGUGGACAACCUCAAGGUGAACCCGAGUGUCAAGUGGCAGUACUACAGCUCGGAGGAGGGCGUCUUCACCGUGUUCCCCGCUCACCGCUUCUCCUGCAAGGGGAACUACGAGCACCGCAGCCGGCCGGUGUACGUGGCGACGGUGCGGCCCCAGUCGAAGCACGUCGUCAUCCUCCUGGACGUCGGCGCCUGGACCACGGAGGCCCAGCUGAGGAUCGCUCGCGACGCCGCCACCACCGUCAUCUCCGCCCUCAACCACCACGACAAGCUCGGCGUGCUCGCAGUGUCGGACGCGGCCAAGGCCUGCCCGCUCGACUCCUGCUACCGCACGCUACUGUCGCCCGUCACCGCGGAGACGAGGCGCAAGAUGGCGGCGUUCGUCGCCGCGGCGAGGCCCACGGACGCGCCUACCCAGCAUGCACUGGGCUUCCGCCGCGCCUUCCAGCUGCUGGCGGCCACGCGGGAGCUGGGACGGACGCGUGGGGGGCGGCACCACCAGGCAACGGCAGAGGUGGUGGACAUGGUGAUCGUGUACCUGUCGCCGGGGGUGACGGGAGCGUCGCCGGGCGACGACGAAAAGCGGCAGACGCUGGCGGUGGUCGCGACCGAGAACGCCGCCCUCAACAACUCCGUCAUGAUCCUCACCUACGCGCUCAUGAACGAAGCGACGAUGGGGCUCCGCGAGCUGGCCUUCCUGCGCGACCUGGCCGAGCAGAACUCGGGGAAGCACGGCAUCCCGGCGGAUCGCCCGCCCUUCGACGACCGCCCCCGCGCCGCGCUGUUCCCGCAGGCCUCUUUCUCGGGGCCACCGGCGGCGCCGCCCCUCCCGGCGGCGGCCUGGGGCCCCCCACUCGCCCCCGCGCCCAAGGGCACCAUGAUGGUGCUCAACCCGCUGAGUAACCUGGAGACGACAGUGGGCAGGUUCUACACGAACCUCCCCAACCGCAUGGUGGACCGCGCCGUCGUCAGCCUGCCGCGACGGGACGACGUGGGCGACGGGCUCGUGAUGACGCUCAGCAAGCCGUGCUACUUUGGGAAUAUGCUGCUGGGCGUCGUGGGCGUCGACCUGGCACUGGCGGACGUGUUGGAGGACGUCACCUACUACCAGGACAACCCGGCCUCCUACGCCUUCCUCAUCAACACCAAAGGAUACACGGUGAUGCACCCGUCGCUGGUGCGGCCCAUCCAGCAGAGGGAGCCGCCACUCCACACGGACGUCCUGCACUACGAGAACGUGCCCGGCUUCGCGCUCGUGCGAUACAACAUGCUCAGCCUCCCGCUGGGCAGCCAAACCAUCACCGUGCCCGCCAACGCCUCGCUGUCGUGGCACGCCAGCCGACUGCGCGACACGGGCCGGACGGGCGCCUACAACGUCAGCUAUGCCUGGAAGCUGGUCCAGGACACGGCGUUCAUCGCGUGCGUCGCCGUCGUGCAGCCGGCCGUGCCCACCAAGCACCUCAAGUCGCUGGGCGCGCCCCCCGGCGGCAAGCUGCUCUACCACCGCGUGGACCUGCUGAGCCCCCCCAACCUGUGCAUGCACUUCCGCCAGCUGUCCACGCUCGAGAGCCCCACGGUGAUGCUGUCUGCGGGGGGGUUCUCGGACCCGUUUGAGCACCUGAGCCAGCCGGAGACGCGGCGCAUGGCGGAGCACUACAUGGCGUACCUGAGCGACAACACGCGGCUCAUCGCCAACCCCGGCCUCAAGUCGCUGGUGCGGGCGGAGGUGAUGGCCACGGGCCACGUGUCGGAGGAGUGGACCACGCAGAUGGAGCUCAGCUCGCUGCACAACUACAUCGUGCGGCGCUACGUGGCCACGCCCAGCGGCGUGCUGCGCGUCUACCCCGGCACGCUCAUGGACAAGGCCUACCACCCCUCCCGCCAGCAGUGGUACCAGCAGGCCAUCGCCAACCCUGGGCUCAUCACGCUGUCGGGGCCCUACCUGGACAUCGGUGGGGCCGGCUACGUGGUCACCCUCAGCCACACCAUCCACGCCUCCAGCUCCAAGGCGGAGCUGGGCCAGGUGGUGGCGGUGAUGGGGAUGGACUUCACUCUUCGCUACUUCUACAAGGUCCUCACCGACUUCAUCCCCGCAUGCAAGGCCGGGGCUGCCGGCAGGAUCCGAUGCUUCAUCAUGGAGGACAAGGGCUACCUGGUGGCGCACCCCACCCUGGUGGACCCGCGGGGCCACGCGCCCGUGGAGCAGCAGCACAUCACGCACAAGGAACCGCUCGUCGCCAACGACAUCCUGAACCACCCGAUGUUCGUCAGGAAGAGGCUGUGCAACAGCUUCAGCGACCGCACCGUGCAGCGCAUGUAUCAGUUCAACACCAGCCUGCAGGGCGAGCUGACGAACCUGGUGCACGGCAGCCACUGCUCGCGCUACCGCCUGGCGCGCGUUCCCGGCACCAACGCGUUCGUGGCGCUGCUCAACGAGACGUGCGACUCGCUGGCGUUCUGCGCCUGCAGCAUGGUCGACCGCCUCUGCCUCAACUGCCACCGGAUGGAGCAGAACGAGUGCGAGUGCCCUUGCGAGUGCCCCCUGGAGGUCGACGAGUGCACGGGAAACCUCACCAACGCCGAGAACCGCAAUCCCAGCUGUGAAGUCACACAGGAAACGCUGAGCCUGGCCACCUUUGACCCCGCGCUGCAGGAGACGCUUCCCCAGUGCAUCAACACGCGCUGCAGCCAGCGCCACACCAAGAGUGACUGCUUCGGCGUGCUGGACUGCGAGUGGUGCACGGUGGACUCGGACGGGGGCACGGCGCUCGACGCGCCGUACUGCGCCCCCCAAAAAGACUGCUUCGGUGGCGUCGUGGGCGCCCGCAGCCCCUACGCCGAAGGGAAAGGUGCCGUGGAGGACGCCGGGGCCCUGGGGGCUGUGAAGAGCGCCCCCGUGGGACCCGUGGCCGGGGGCAUCAUGGGCGUCGUCAUGGUGGUGGUGCUGGGCAUCUACGCCUACCGCCAUCAGAAGCAGCGGCAGCGACACCAGCACAUGUCCCCGCUCGCCACGCAGGAGAUGUCCGUGCGGAUGUCGAACAUCGACACGGAGCGCGACGAGGACAGCCACGAGGACCGCGGCAUCAUGGGCCACACUCGCUUCAUCGCCGCCGUCAUGGAGCGGAGGGCCCACAGUCCCGACCGGCGGCGCCGCUACUGGGGACGCUCGGGCACCGAGAGCGAUCACGGUUACAGCACCAUGAGCCCGCAGGAGGACAGCGAGAACCCGCCCUGCGGCCUCGACCCGCUGCCUCCCAUCGGCCUGCGCCUGCCCUCCUCGGGUCGCCGCGGCGACCACCCCGCCGGUCGCUGCGACGACGCCGGCCGUUGCCGUGGAACGCAGCAUCACGCCCAGCAGCAGCAGCAGCAGCAGCAGCACCAGCUGCAGCAGCAGCAACAGCAGCAGCAGCAGCUUCAGCAGCAAAACGAGGAGUCGUCUCGUUACCGCGACGAUGAGGAGCUGGAGCCGGACACCCCGCCGCAGACGGCCGCCCUCCUCGCCAAACCGUGGGGGGGGGGCGGCGGCGGCGGUCGUCCGCCGAGGCACGGAGGCGGCCACCACCACUUGCACCACCACGGGCCGGGCUCGUCCUCCCGCCACGGCCACUGCCUGCAGGCGGCCGUCACGGUGCACGCCGAGUGCUGACGGUCGCCCCCGGUCGUCUGGCCCGCGCGGCCACCGGUUGGCCCGUCGGGGGCCGCUGCGCGGCCUCCGACCCGCGCUGCCGGGGUCUCUCGGAGCCCUUCGCGCGACGAGGGAGGAGGUGGGAAAUCGGCGGUACGGGGGUGGGACCGCUCCGCUCGUCGACCUGUGGUACGCGACGUGUUUGGGGGGAGGGGUGGGGGUGGGGGGUUUGAAGGUGAGGAGGCCGGAACGCAGUACGGCAUCCGAAUCGGCACCACCACCCGUUGCGCCCGGUGCUGCCGUUCCCCUCUCCCUGCCUGCGUGACAUCGUCGCCCAUUUAGUGAUGUGCGGGCACGCUCGGGGGAGGAAGGGGGCGCCUCGCCGUCGAACGCCUGGCCGAAGGCCGUUGACGGUGGGGAAAUCCUCCGGCGUGCAACGGUCCUCCGGUGGCCCCACGGCUCAAAGUCACCGAACGAAUGCAAAACAACAGAGCUGUCCGUGGUGCCGUGUGCGGACAUCGACUAACUCGGCGAGUCCGGACACGAGGUGAGAAACUUCACCUGUGAAGAGGAGAAACGCCUGCGGAGCAAAAAAGUCGCUUUGAAAAUGUGAAAUUGUUCUUCGUUGGUAGGCGGCGGAGGUACGCGCAUGGUGGCUGUGGUGGUAUUAUCUGUGGACGUGAUACGAUUAUGAUAUUGUCGUCGACGAGUGUUUAAACGUCUCCGGAUAUGAAGUCGAGUUUUUGAUGUAGGAUAACAAAAGUGUCUCGUGUUAAAAGCCCAUCGCACACGCGAGAGUCGCCGUGACGAUUCUUCCUCGCGCGAGCGAACACAACCCGGACGAUGAAGCAAAACGGAACAGAGUCGACCAGACCGGACCAGAUCACAAUCGACCGGAACGGAUUUAAACCGGACCGGAUUGGAUUCGACCAGAAUGGACCCCCGGCCACAGCGCGAGAGGCACUUGGUUGGGAUUGCUAUCUCCCGAGAAGUCGACAAGGAAGAAAAUGGAAAUGAAAUGAAGGAAGUGAACACAAAUAAAUAAUGGAACAAUGUGACGGGAAGAAAGAAAAACUGACUCUUAAACACAGGCCUGGUACUAAAGUUUUAUAUUCGAUAUCCGAGUCACAAGGAGAGCUAUUUUAUUGAAAAACUCGGCAUUUAAAAGCAGAGCAAGGCGACAAGAAGAUGAUGAUGAUUAUUGUUUGUGUUUUUAAAAAUCGCAACUCCCGCGGUAGAUUUUCCUCACGAGAGAGUUGCUGUCGCGGCUACGAUUAGCACGCCCGAGGUACACAGAACCGGGAUGACAUCACGGGGAGAGAGGAAUAAUAUUUCACAACACCAGGGGAGGGGACUCCACGCCAUCGCAUCGCGGACUUGGCACCGUCUUAUCAGGGACUCGCCGUGUCCCAGGAGAAGACGGACAAGAUUCCCCAGGACAGCAGCUGCCUCGACAAGCCGAGGAUCCUGGGAAAAUCCACGAACACACAUCCCGAGUCGUGGCCGAAGGCGUUCUCCUCCCCCAGGUUCUGACGAGGCGUUGGCCCGCACCAGGUCCGCUCCGUGGGAAAAGGCGCGACGGCAUCCUUGUCCGGUGCAGUCUGCCACGGGGGAAGGUGGCCACCUCGACACGCCAGCGCCGGUUGUUGAAUCGGUCGCACGCCCGUGUGAGCGGUGAGCGAGUGUGCGCGAGGUGAGUGAGCGUGUGUCUUUGUUUUAUCUGUAGUCCUGUGGUAGUUACAGUCACGGUGGAGAUGGGUCAGUGGCCGCUUGCGCCUGUGCUGCGCCCCCCGCUAGCCGGCGUGGUGGGUGUGUAGAUGCCGAUUAACACUGCUCGCGGCACAUCGCGGGGUCGCCGUUCGGCACCACGCGGAGAGACUGGAGACCCUGACCCAUAACCCCUGGGUCUGUCCCGGUGGACUGCCUGCCGAGCGAGCCUUUGGCACUUCACGGGGCAUCCAAUUGCACCUAGCCUGGCACAAGCGCCGUGGCGAUGUCACCGUCGCUUUAGUGGCGAAUGGACGUUGCCGAUGUGUUGCGUCCGUGUGGUGCGGGGGGCGGUGGCGGCAGCGCAGUAGUUUGUGGCACCGCUGCAAACUUGACGAGGCCUGAAUUUGAUUUCUGGCCACCGAUGUUAGGUAUUCCCUGACCUGUCCUGGGCCUCCCACCUGUAAGUCCACUCGGCCUUGCACGAGUACCGGCUGCAGUGUCUAGGCAUCAAUACCGGGGACACAAAUGGCGUGGGGGGCUGGCUUACACCAUCCGCUCGUGCACGUUGCCGGCCUUGAUAGGUGUUCGCGAACAAGCACUUGUCCCCAACAGUCGUCCAAAUGGGAAUAUCUUUAUUUCGGUCGGCGUAUGGAUUUGUGCGUGCGUGUAAACCGCGUGUGUGUGCGCAUGCGUGCGCGUGCCAGCGUGUAUAUUAACAUGUGCCAUUUCUCUGUGGUGCGUAUUUUGGAGAACAAAACUGGUGGAUAUUGAUGAUGACGAUGCGGAUUUGUUGGGGCACGUCCUUUGUGUGUUUAUUUGUCUCCUGAGUUGCCAAAGUGUGCGAGAUUGUUACCUCAUUUUCAUGAAAAGGCAUUGCUAUGUCACUUCACAUCUCUCGUUCAGAAAAAUGUUUUUGUCGUCGUCGGUCCUGUGUUAUUUAUUCUUUUAAUUUGUAUUUUAUCACUUUACGUGCUUUCUGUUAUGUGCCUGCAUGUGUUUAUAUUUUUAAUUAAUGACUUGACUUGUAAAACGAACCGAGCUCUGGUUUUGUGUUUUGUUUUACCAACUCCUCCGUGCGGAGUUGGCAGGGGAGAGGCGAUAAUUUGACGUCAGUUUUUUUUUUUUGCCAGAUGCUGGCAAUGUUGCCGCCAAAACUGACUUUUGUCAAAGCGUGAAUUUGAACCCCACCCGGGAGCUUCGAUGCGGGGAAAUUUUUUUUUUUAAGAUUUUCCAUAACGUCCCGCCCAGGACUACGAUUGUGGGACGAUCAUUCACGUCGUGAGAGAAAAACGGGGGCGAAAGUCAAAAGUAAAAAUCUUCGGUGUCGUAGCGAGAUGGUAAAGCUCACUCGCGUUAAGAACUGUUUGGUUGGUAACGUCAUCGAAACUCGCUCUCGCCGGCCGGCCAACCUGGCGGCAGGAUAAAACCAAGCCCCGUGCAUCAUAUCUGGUAUGAUGUCAUCACCGUUUAACCCAUCUGGCAGAGGAAAGAAUUAUCAUGCCCGUUUAUUGAUUCUAGAUUUGAAGCUUUCGUGACUGCAAGGAUUCAUACUCUUAGGUUUUUUUCGGUAAAGUCACGUAGGUAAAAAAUUUAAUUAAAAGUUAAUAAAAGUAAUAAUGGAAAUAAAAUAAAAUAAUAAAUCACGACGUUUCGGAGGCAACACAAGUCUCCGUCAUCAGGUGGGACCUUCACAGCUAAAAUUACUGCAUCAAGUUGAUGUUCGUGUUGUUAUCGCGUGUUCCAAUAUAAUCGACGCUAACGAUGGACUUGCACGUCGGCCCUUAACAAACCACGUGACAUUGCUCGCAUGUUAAACUUUCGCCGCCGUACGUAGCCAACCGUGCAAAUCGGUGGUGCGGGGGAAUGACGGCAAACUAAAAAUCUGAACCGUCGCCCAGAACCGUAACUCUCUCACGACACCGCUGCGAUGUGCUCCGACUCCGGGUUUGAGAAUCGUUCUUUCAAAACCGUUUUGUGCAUUUUCGCCACGGCCGGACGGCCCGAGCGGUUCGUCUGCCGCCGUCUGCGUUUUAAUUUGUUUACAGCGCGAGCCCAGGCGGACGUGCAAAUUAAAGGUAGGCGCGCUCACUUUGUCUCGUUUCCACGAAGUCGGAAUGCCAAAUGUACCGCGAUUUAAGGUUUUUACGCCGCCGUUUACCGUGUAACUCCCGCUUGUUUGUUAUUUUAUGACAUGUAUGACAUUAGGUUCUUGUUUAGCAAGGAGAUGGAAACACGGAAAGACCUUGAGCCCCCCCCCC